GCGCAUCCAUUUUUAUUUUUCUUCUUCAUUUCACCGUUUCAUACGAAACUCUCUUUACGAGGCUCUCUCUCUACUUUUCUCUCUCAAAGCCUCUUUCAUUUCUCCGGCCAGUGUGUGUGAGAUGCUGAAGGAAAGACGGAUUUUGCCGGUUUCAAGCAACAGGAGUAGGGUAUCGCCUUACCCGCUUCGCUCUUGUAGGAGCAAGAAACAAAAAGAAGUGGAGUCACCUGUCGAGUCAGAGAGUGUGAGUGAAUGGGAGGAUGUGAGGUGUGUGAUCUGCAUGGAGCCGCCACACAAUGCUGUCCUCUUGCAAUGUGCUUCCUUCUCCAAAGGAUGUCGUGCUUACAUGUGUGACACAAGCGCCCGUCACUCCAACUGCUUCAAGCAGUUCCGCAGAAACAACAACAAGAACACAAGUCGCUGCAGUGGCAAGACUCUAAACUGUCCCUACUGCAGAGGAGAGGUUUACGGGACAAUGAAGUCUACUUGCGCACGGAGAUUCAUGAAUGCUAGGCCCAGGUGCUGUUCUAUGGACAAGUGUGACUUCUCGGGGACCUAUUCUCAGCUUAAAACCCACUUGAAAGCUGUGCAUCCGGGUUUUAUAUCGCCAAAGUUGGAACUUUGGGAGCAACACAUGUGGGAGCAAUUGGAAAGAGAAGCCGAGUACAUUGAAAUGCUCAAUGCUCGUCAGAGAUGGGAAGCAGAACAGAGAUUGUUGGCCAACUCUCUCCAUCAGCUUCCAUACCAACAUCCCAUGAUCGAUCUCAACUUUGAUGCUUUCAUGCACGAUCUCUUUCUUGGUUCAAGGAGCCAAGCAAGUGCUGCCAAUUAUCCAGCGAACAUGCCCCGAUUGGAGUUCCAUGCGCCCAUGUAUCCUAGAUGGACUCCGUGAAGAUUCAAGUGCUAUGUCUUGUGACUUUGAUCAAAGUUUUGAUGUCUCCCUUGAUUCUUUAUCCAUAAUGUACUUCAGUGUUUAGGUUUUAUAGCGACAUCAGCUCUGGUCCUAGGCAUAAUCUAAAUUUUGUUGUAUUUUAAGUGUCUGUUAGUCAAAGUAUCCAUAGCUGCGAGCUCAUCUUCGCAUAUUCAAAAUUUAAUCAAAAAUUCAC